AUGGGGAACGUUUCGAAUAAGGAGCUAAGCAGUUUCCAGAAAAAGAAACUUCUGUACGAAUAUCACACGUUCUUUGAUCUAAACAAAGACGGCGUACUAGAGUGGAAAGACUUCCAAAUAGCACGGAUGAGAAUCUGUGCGAUGAGUGGCUGGAAGGACGGUAGUGACAAGGCUCUAAAGGCCCAACGUGUUUUUGCCGACAUGUGGAGGUACCUACAAGACGACGGCGAUGUCGAUCUUGACGGGAAAGUCACCGAGGAUGAGUGGAUGCGAAUGUGGGAGAAACUCAACACCGAAUACCUGACCAGAAAGAAAGAUAAGAAUUUUGAAGAGAAGGAUGACAAGAUUCCAGACUGGUUGGAGCGAUACAUCGAGUACAAGUUUGAUCUUUUUGAUAGAACAGGGGAUGGUGUCAUCGACAUUGAUGAAUUCGAGUACGUUUGUGGAGAUUUUGGUGUGUCGCCUAAGGAGGCCAGAACAUCGUUUCUUCUCUUUUCUAAGAACCACGAACAAAAUGUUGAUCUGAGUUACUUUCGCCAGCUUUGUAUCGAGUAUUGCAGAUCUGACGACCAAGGAAGUCUGGGAAAUUUCAUUUCAGGGAAGCUGGAUUUCACAUAA